GCUGAACAUGACAGAAAAUGUGAAGGAAUCAGUAUCAAUGGGUGAAUUAUUGGGUCUAACGGUCAGAAUGAUAUUUGUUCGUUUGCUCAUUGUGCCCUUUUAAUCAUGUGAGGAGCACGUUGCUACUGCAACACUCCAUAACAACCCUACUGAGGCAUAUAUGGUUGCAAUUGUUGUUACCUGGACCAAACUGAUACCAUGGGUACAUUACAAGGAGUUGCAGUGUCAUCAUUUAAAAGUCAAAUUCCGAUAGGAUUUUAUCCAAACCGGCUUUGAUUUUUUGAUGGAAGGGGCCUUGUUAUGACUACUUCCAAUGCCGGCGAUGGCUCAUCAUGAGCUCUUUGAUGUUAGUAUCAACUUGAAUAAUUUCCAUAUAAGUCAAUUGCAUCGCAUUGCUAAGACACAUGCAAUCUGUUACUGUUCAAUGUUGACAAGAAGUUUUCAAUUUUUAUUUCUUGUGGGUGUGUAAUUUAUAGUACUCAUUGAAAGCUCGUGUUCUUGUUCGGUUUUUCCGUUUGCCAAUCUUGAAUAGUUCUGCUCUAGUUUGAUAGACUACAAGCUUAUAUGGUGUGUUUGAUGAAAUGUCUCCAUGAAUCUGAAUCUCUACGUCGAUAUUUGGUAUAUUUGACGUGUUGUGAGUGACCCAUUAAGGGCCUGAGGAACUAGAUUUCUGGUAUGAAAUGAAUUGGAGCUUGAUGAUCCAGCAAGAACUUUUAAAUUGAAACAUUAGGUGGCUAAAACACUGUAAAAUUUUAGUAACGGGUUUCUUAGUAUUUUCAUGUGCUUUAUUGUUAUUGGGGGUCGUCCAUCAUCGGCAGUGUUAUGACUCCUGGCUCCCCUAAAUAACACCCUCUGUCAAGUCUAUUUAUUUUUGGGUGAGGGAUAAUACUUUUAAAGCAUGGAAAAAUUAGCGUACCGCACACAUAACUAUUCAUAUUCAAGCAGGCACUUAGCGGGCUGGGGAAACAGAUGAGCUCUUGGGAAUUUCAGCAAAAAACAUUGAACUUGUUCUUGGGAAACUGGAAAAUGCUGCCUUGAUGGGACUUCGAUUGAGAAAACAAUAAGUAAAUAAUUGAUGUUAACAUUUUAGCUUUUUACGCAAUUGAAUUGCAAAGUUGAAGCAACCUGAUACUUGGAUCAAAUGGGAAACAAAACGGAGAAGAAAAGACUGGUCUGAAAAUUCUCAAAUCCUGUACUUUGAACCGUCACUUUACGAAUGUUCCAUCUGUGGUAGCUAUAGCUCAUUUAGUGCUCAGUUACCAUCUUUCAGACACAAAACUAACAGAAUCCAUUCAUUCUCUCGUUCACGUCAUUCAAUUAAAGAACAGUUUCAUCUUGUGAUAAAACUGCGCUAUAAAUAUGGUGAUCUAUGUUGUCUUUGUAACUUCAAAGUAGGAAACAUUAACUUCAGAAAUUUAAUGUUAGUCACUAGCAAUUAAGUACCUUUAGCACUAUAAAUAGGUGAAAAAGCAAUGCAAUAAACGUCCAUUCUAGAAAAUAUUGGAAGAAUAUUAAUAAAGAGCAGAAUAAUGGCCACCCUCUGUGCUCCUGAGAACCAUUCUCCUGUUGCAGAUGCCGAGCUCAUGAGACAGGCUGUUCAAGGAUGGGGGAGUGAUGAGAAGACGAUAGUUAACAUAAUUGGCCGUAGAAAUGCAGUUCAACGGAAGCUCAUCAGGGGAGCCUAUGAAGAGAUUUAUCAAGAAGAUCUAGUGAAGCGUCUUGAGUCGGAGCUUUCUGGGGAUUUUGAGAAAGCAGUGUACCAAUGGAUAUUGGAUCCAGCAGAUCGAAAUGCUGUCUUAGCCAAUGUAGCCGUUACCCAAUUGGCCACUGAUUACCGUGUGAUCGUUGAGCUUUCAUGCACCCAAUCUUCUCAAGAGCUGUUAGCUGUGAAACGUGCCUACCAGGCUCGUUACAAGCAUUCCCUAGAAGAGGACCUGGCUGCCCAUACCUCUGGCGACCUCCGCAAGCUUUUGGUAGCCUUAGUGGGCAUAUAUAGGUAUGACGGCAAUGAGAUAGAUGCACACUUGGCAAAUUCAGAGGCAAAUGUUCUUCACAAUGCUAUCGAAGAGAAGGUCUUGAAUCACAAUGAGAUCAUCAGAAUUGUGAGUACAAGGAGCAAGGCACAGCUCAUGGCGACUUUCAAUCGCUACAAGGACGACUAUGGCACUUCCAUCACUAAGCAUCUGGUGGAUGAUCCAGCUAAUCAAUACUUGGCUGCAAUUCGCACAGCUAUCCGAUGUAUCAAUGACCCUAAGAAGUACUAUGCAAAGAUACUGCGAAAUGCACUUAACAAGCCAGGGAUAGAAGAAGACACACUCACUCGGGUGAUUGUCACAAGAGCUGAGAAGGAUUUGGAAGAUAUCAAUGAACUCUUUUACAAGAGAAACAGUGUAUCCCUUGAUCAUGCAGUUUCCAAGAACACAAGGGGCAAUUACAAGGCAUUCCUUCUUACUUUACUAGGAAAAGAAGACUUAUUGAUGUAGGACAAGAUUUCAAGAAAUUUAGUUUUAUGGAAACUUUUCUUUAGGUCUGAUUUUAAUCAGGAAGAUCUUGUUUAGUGCUGCUUGUCUAGCACGUUUCUACUUUCUAGUUCUUUUUCAUAUUUCCUUUUCUUUGUUUACCAACUUUUUUCUAAAAUUCUUCGAUCAUUGGGAAUUUAUGACUACUUUCAUUAUAAAUAGCGAUAUAAGCCUCAGGG